ACAUUACAUACUUGAAAGAAACACGUCUAAAAUCAACCUGAGAAGCUUUGGGAAAUCGGUUUAUCGCAAUGUCGAAAGACCCGACGUUGUCGUGUUGGCUGUUUAUUGUUUUGCUUUAUGCGGGUGUUUGUUCCGUUCCUCCUCCAACAAACAUAAGUGUUGUUUGUCACAACUUUGUGAAUGUCCUUUACUGGAACUACAGUACACCAACUGAAGAAGUGAGGUUUAAUUUAAAAAUCCAACCUUACACUGGGUUGCUCCAAACAGUUGACACUUCUGAGAUGUACCUUGAUAUGAGCGAGUACACGAGUGAUGUCAAUGAUAAUUACUUUGUGACUGUAAAGGCGCUUGAUGGACAGGAAGUGUCAAAAACUGUCUCCAUUACUUUUUCCUACAGCAUGAGUGAUGAGAGCACACAUAAAUGCUCUGUUGACUUUCCACCUAUUGAAACAUCUGUCCACAAAGAUAAGAUUAAUGUGUCCUUUUCACACCCUUAUAACAUAUAUAAUCAUGAAAGCCUGAAUGAGGUUUUUACAUACAGAGUGACUCAUGAUGAGAGAGAGACUUCAUUUGACUGUUAUGACGAUGAAGAGCUGUGCACUGCAGAAAUCCACAUUGGCCAAAGUGAAAUGGGAAAGUGUAUUGAUUUAACAUUUGAAGCUACAGUAGAUGUUCUGUUUUCAACUUUCAACAAAAAUGUUUGUCUCUCCAAGAUGCCUGACAAGCUAAUUUAUAUUGCAGCCUUAGUAGCCAGAUGUGUCAUGAUUCUCUUCAUUUCUCUGGGUUUUGUGUGGCUGCUUUGCAAGAAGUGGUCCAGGAUUCCUGAUGUUCUGAUCAACUUUAUGACUCCGAAUAAACCAGUGAGUGUGAUUCACCAGCCCUUGGAAACUCCCAUAUCCCCAGUGUCACCUGCAAGUCAUUUACCUCUGCUACAGACAGAAGACCCCAUAUAUAUUGAAGUCCCUAUCGUUUCACCACCUGAGGAAGACCCAAGCAUCACCCUUCAUUCCACAGAAGUAGUGAUGGACCCGGAGACAUCCUGCACAUCUGAACGGGAUGGGAAUUAUGAGUCUGAAGAGUCAGAGGACUAUGACAAGUCAUCUGACUAUGACAGUCCCAAAUUUCUGCAGGAGAUGAGCCCAGGGGACUUUGCUACAGGCUAUGGUCCACGACCCAGUGUACUGUAGGUUCCCUUUCAGUCGGUCACAACGAUGUCAC